AUGUUUCCAAAAGUGUCCACCUCUUUUUAUCUCGCCACUCUUUUCUUCAUCCUUUUGUUUAUAGCCAUUAAAACGGACAAAAUUAUUUUUAGAAACGCCUAUUUCAGAUAUAAAAAAAAACUGCUGUCGUCUGCUUUUGCCGCCUUCUCGUUGGCUCCGAAUCAUUGUUUAUAUUGUUUCUUCUUGUUUUUGUCUUUCUUAUUUCAUUUUCAAAAUUUCUUCAUUCAUUGCUUUUCUUUCUUUCUUCGCCAUUUUCUAAAUUUUCUUUCCAAUUUUUUUCUGUCUCUCGUUUUGUUUUCCCUUCCAUUUCUUUUUCAUUUUCUUGAUCGCUAUUCUACUUUUUCUCCCUUUCUAAAUCGAUUUCCUUUUAAUUUAGUUUUCUUUCCUUCUUUUUCAGCUUUGUUACCGUUUGUUGAUAUACCUACAUUGCAUGAGAUAUCUUUUUAUCGUAUUACAUUCUUUCUUUCUUUCGCUCUUUUUUCUUUUCUUUCUUUCGUUCGUUCGUUCGUUCUUUAUUUCUUCCGUUCUUUCUCUCUUUCUUUCUUUCUUUCGUUAGUUCGUUCUUUCUUUCUUUAUUUAUUUCUUUCUCUCUUUCUUUCGUUUGUUCGUUCUUUCUUUCUUUCCCUCUUUCUUUCGUUUGUUCGUUCGUUCUUUUUUUCUUUCUUUCUUUCUUUCUUUCCAAUUCUAAUUUACUAUCUCCUAUCUCUUACUCUAAUUACAUUAUUUUUUGUUUCUCUCUCUUGUUAUUUUUCCUUCCAUCUUUUUUUUCUUUUCCUUGACCGCUAUUCUAUUUUUAUCCAUUGCUAA